AUGGCGAAGGCCAGUGUGUUUCUCGCAGGCGAGCUGGACGAGUUGAAGUCGCCAAGCGACCUUGUUGCUUCCGAAGGAGUAUCGUUUCCUGCGUUUUUGCCACAUGGCAUCCAGAGCGCCUUCUUCGGGAACCAGGUGCAGUGCAGCAAGGUAAUCAACGACGCGUAUUUCUGCGCAAAACCAUCAGGCUCCUCCAAGCCUAGAGUGGAGCUCCCACAGGAGUAUGCCAAAUCCUUUGCUGGGCAGGUGGCGGUCCUUGGGGAGCUUUCAAAGCAAAGCACAGUCCUGCUGGGACAGGCUUCUCGCCUCAUUGGGCAAACCAAGCAUCACUUGGAACAAGUUGGUCAUGAACUGGAGGCGAGGCUGACAAUGUCAGCGAACCAGAUGCGGAUGUUCUUUUCCACAAAUUCUGUUUUUCUGCAAACGCUACCGGGCGUGUCGGUCCGUCAAAAGUCAGUCUGUGCUUCUGUUUGUCACAUGGCCCGUUAUCUUCUGGCUCAUGUGCCAACAGACGUUCACCAAGCUUGCUUGCCACAUGAAAUGUGA